UCUGGCAAUGGUAAAGACAAGGUUGAUACUUUUGUUAGUCAGUGCAUAGGACGCCUUCCUCUAGUUUUCAGAUGUUCAUUGUGAAAAGCUGGUUCCUCAAUGAAUUGUUGUCAAUUUGCCACAUGAACGACUGACAGUAACCUGAGGUUAACAUGUCGACUUGCUCCUAGAGACAGACCCAGGUGGGGUCAAAGACUUUAAAAAGGGUAUUUGUUGCUCUCCCACUUGGCGUUCAGCGUUGAGAGGUCAGACCAAGGAAACAGGAAUGAGCUAAUGUAAAGACAAGUUGAUAAGGUGACAGGAUGUUACUUGAUCGUCCAAUCCCGAGCCACAUUACAGGCCUUUACGUCUUUACCCUUGUUAACAUUGUGAUGUUGUUCCGGGUAACGCUUGUAACAGCAGAUGUCAGACUGAACAGUCCACGAAAUGAGACGUUGGAAAUAUUCUACGAUCUACCCGCAAAGUUUGGACCCCGUCUGUCUGAUGAUGGCAUAACCGGCUAUCUGGUAGUGGCCAAACCUCGGAAUGCCUGUCUGCCCAUACAGCCCCCGCCCUCCAACAAGUCUGGGCAAAUCAAGUGGAUUGCCAUCAUAGAGAGAGGAGGAUGUGACUUUGCUAUCAAGGUACUUAACAGCCAACUGAGCGGGUACUCUGGGGCCAUCAUCUAUAACAUGGGCGGGGAAGACUUGUUACCCAUGGGGGGAGGCGAAAUUGGCAGUAAGGUGACCAUACCAUCAGUGUUCAUAGGCGAGUCAGAUGGACAGUACUUGGCAGACGAGUACACUGUCGGGCACGGGAACUAUGCACUCAUGUACACAGUGACACUGGAUGGAAAAAGCCCCUUCAACUACAACCUCUAUCUCAUUCCCUUUGCCAUUGUCGUUGGCUGUUGCUUCACUUUGAUGGUUAUAUUUAUGAUUGGCAAAUUGUGCAGGGAUAUGAGGAAGAGGCGUAAAUCCAGACUGUCCAAGAGCAACUUGAAGAAAAUACCCAUCAAAAAAUUUAAGAAAGGUGAUAAAUACGACGUCUGUGCAAUCUGUCUCGAUGACUAUGAAGAGGGAGAAAAGCUAAGAGUGUUACCUUGUGCUCACGCAUACCACCUGAAGUGCAUUGACCCCUGGUUAACUAAGAACAAGCGGACGUGUCCCGUGUGUAAGAGGAAGGUGUUCCCUGGCCCCGGCGACGACUCAGACUCGGACAGUGAGGAGGAAGAGCAGACGCACACAGAGAGGACACCGCUGUUGGCAAACAGACCCCCAACUGAUCCCCAGAGACGCUCAACAUUCGACAAUUCAGGCCUUCCUGAGUCGGUGAGGUCAGAGGUUGGCCAAGUCAAUGAAGCCUGUGAGGUCUCUGGCUCUGAGGGUACACUCGCCUCAAAUGACCAAUCAGAAGGUGCUGUGGGUGGGGUGGAAGCCUUGAUCAACGUGGAAGAUGUCUCCAGUGAGACACAUUCAGUCAGCUCCAUGACAGGUUCUAUAAACUCAGUAGAGGAGGACCAGGAUGAAAUGGCUGCUCAGCAAGUAGAAGACGAGAGGAAAACCAACUGGAUUGUGUGAGUGGACGUCUGUAACCAACAGUUAAUCUACAAGCAUGCCUCAACAUUCGUGUGUUUUGGAAACCAUACCGGACAGGAUGACUUUAUGAGGAUAUUGUGAUAAAAGUUAGCCUUGUGUUUUUGUACCUGACGUAAGAAUGUGUACUCUAGGCUACAGGUGUAUGACAUGUAAAUGUACCAGUCUCUCCACAACAUUCAUACCUUUGCUUGCCAGUGUUGUGUAUAAUUCUACACGUAAGUUCCCCCCACAUGGACGGUAUUUUGUGUUACCACAGUGCGUGUACUAGGAUAUGGCAAAGGUUUGCUGGGCUGUGGAGCAUCUUGGAGUCAUGGGAUAAUGUAUUAUCCGGUUUACCAUUACCUGGUUCAGGCAUAGUGAUGGCUGGCUCCAGCAGACAUAUGGCCUAUACUCUUCUUUUUAUUUUUUUUUCAGAGGGCAUAGUUUGCAAAAGAGUCAGGUAUAUUGAAACAUAUGAAAGUUAAGUCAAUACUCUUUUCAUAUUUACCUGUAAUGUAACGACUGUUAGUAUAACUAUACCAGGUAUGAAAUUAAUGGUGAAAUGCACGUUACAAGAAACCGCUGUACAAGGAUUAUAAAAAAAAAAA